GGGUGGCGAGAGAGCGACCGCACGGAGGAGCCACCACCAGCAGUCAGUCACCAGAUGGAGGCUCGGCGAGCUAGUGGCAGCUCCACGUACCACCAUGCCGACAUUUGGACUACCUAAAGUACACAGCAAACCUCCCAAACUUCGGGAAUAAUCCUCUUUUUUUUUGCGGGGGAAUUUAAAGAAAAAAAAAGGUGGUACGGCAGCGGUGACAGCAAGAAAGGUACAAUGACCGGGCGGUGGGUGGUUUCGCUGGCCUCGCUGCUGCUGCAACUGGUCUGGACAGCGGGGGCCGCCCUGCAUUUCACGGAGCCAGUUUACAACACCACCAUCUACGAGAACUCUGCUGCCAAGACCUACCUCGAGAGCCACAUCAAGAUGGGGAUCUACGUCACCGACCCCACCUGGGAGAUACGCUACAAAAUCAUUUCCGGGGACAACGAGAACUUGUUCAAGGCUGAGGACUACCUUUUGGGAGAUUUUAGCUUUUUGCGCAUCAGAACCAAAGGGGGUAGCACGGCCAUUCUCAACCGGGAGGUUCGAGACCACUACGUGCUGACAGUGAAAGCGUCAGAGAGGGGCACCAACAUGGAGUGCCGCACCCAGGUCACAGUGCAGGUGCUCGAUACCAAUGAUUUGCGGCCCCUCUUCUCGCCAACGUCGUACAGCAUCUCACUACCCGAAAACACAGCCAUACGCAGCAGCGUGGCCAAGGUGAUGGCGACGGACGCCGAUAUCGGUACGAAUGGGGAGUACUACUACAGUUUUCGCGAGUGGACGGACAUGUUCGCCGUGCACCCUACCAGCGGUGUGGUGACACUCACCGGCCGGCUGGACUACUCUGAGACAAAGCUUUACGAGCUGGAGAUCCUAGCGGUGGACCGUGGCAUGAAGCUUUACGGAAGUAGCGGCUUCAGCAGCACGGCCAAGCUGACGGUGAGGGUGGAGCAGGCCAACGAGAACGCACCAGUGGUCACCGCUGUCACCCUGGCGCCCUCCGAUGCCGACCCUGACCCCACCUACGCGAUUGUAAUAGUGGAGGACGGCGACCAAGGACCCAACGGGGAGAUCGCAUCGCUUAGCAUUGUCGCCGGCGACCCACUCCAGCAGUUCAGGGCUGUCAGAACCAGCCCCGGGAGCAAGGAGUAUAAAAUAAAAGCGGUGAAGGAUGUGGACUGGGAGAGCCAGCCUUUUGGAUAUAAUCUCACUUUGCAGGCAAAGGACAAGGGCAGCCCACCCCAGUUUUCAUCUGCUAAAUUAGUACAUGUCACUUCCCCUCAGUUUAAAACUGGGCCCCCUGUUUUUGAAAGGGCAGUUUACAAAGUCAACCUGAGCGAAUUUGCCCCCCCUCACACUCCUGUCGCAAUGGUAACUGCCUUACCAAAGCACCCCCAGCUCAAAUAUGCUUUUAGCCACAAAUCAGACCGAUUUACCAUCAACCCUGACACUGGCUUGAUCAGCACAAAAGCGCCGAUCAUUGCUGACGUGGCUGUCCACUUUGAGCUGGACGUGACGGCCGGCAGUGGGAAAGUGGCAACAAAAGUCAUCAUCGAUGUGAUCGACGUGAAUAACAACGUGCCUGAGUUCCAGCAGACGUCGUACAGGGCCAGCGUUGACGAGAAUGCACCAGUCGGGACCAGCGUGGUGACGGUGAAGGCUGUCGACCUGGACCGAGGAGAGAACGGCUAUGUGACGUACAGCAUCACCAAUAUCAACCCGCAGCCGUUUGUCAUCGACUAUUUCUCUGGUGUUAUCAGCACCUCGGAGCUGCUAGAUUACGAGCUCAUGCCCCGGAUUUACAGUCUUAAAGUCAGGGCCUCCGACUGGGGAUCCCCCUUCCGGAGGGAGGUGGAAGCAGUUGUCACGGUGACAUUGAAUAACCUCAAUGACAAUAAGCCACUGUUUGAAAACGUGGACUGCGACGUCACCGUGCCGAGAGACCAUGGCGUGGGUGAGCAGAUAACCACGGUGUCGGCCAUAGAUGCAGAUGAGCUGCAGCUCGUGCGCUAUUACAUUAAAUCAGGGGACGACCUGGAUCUGUUUGAGCUGAACGCAAACUCCGGCGUGCUUUCCCUUAGGAACACGCUGAGCGAGGGUAAGGCGGCGAAGACAUCCUUCCACAGUAUGCGGAUUGUGGCAAGCGACGGCGAACGCGAGACGCAACCUAUGUACAUGAAUGUAACGGUCAUCACUGCCCGAAUGCCCGUGCAGGUGAAGUGCGUUGAAACCGGCGUGGCCACCAUGCUGGCCGAGAAGCUGCUGCAGGGCAGUAAGGUCCACACGCAGGCAGAGCCCGACGACCACUUCAUGGACAUUCACUCCAUCAACCGUUAUGUGCCGCGGUUCGCAGAGUCCUUCCCGAGCGCCGUGGAAGUCAGGGAGGACCUGCCUGUCGGGGGUCGUGUCGCUCAUUUAGGUGCCACCGACGCGGAUAGCGGCUUCAAUGGGAAGCUUGUGUACGUCAUCUCGGGAGGCGACACAGAGAGUCGCUUCUUAGUCGAAAUGGAGACGGGCUGGCUUUUGGUUUACUCGCCUCUUGACAGGGAAACAAAAGACCAUUACACGCUCAAUAUCACGGUCUAUGACCUCGGCAUUCCGCAGAAGUCCUCUUCGCGCCUGCUCGAUGUCAAGAUCUUGGACGCUAAUGACAAUAGCCCACAGUUUUUGCAGAAUUCCUACUCCGUCGAAAUAAGUGAGAGCACGCCAGUGGGCACUGAAAUUAUCCAGGUGGACUCGACGGAUAAGGAUCAAGGCGAGAACGGCGUGGUGAGGUACGCGAUUUUGGGCGGUACGGAUCACUUCGCUAUCAAUGCAGAGUCUGGGGUUGUGACGGUGACCAAGCCACUGGAUCGCGAGCUGCAUCCUGUGUACGCCUUGAAGAUUGCGGCCCGUGACCUAGCCGAGAACGAGCCCCAGCUCGUGUCCACCGUGCAGCUCAAGAUCACACUAGAGGACGUGAACGACAACCCUCCUAAAUUCAUCCCCCCGAAUUACCACGUCAAGGUGAGGGAGGACCUUCCUGUCGGCACGGUUGUCAUGUGGCUUGAGGCCCACGACCCUGACAUUGGGUCUUCGAGUCAGAUCCGGUACAGCCUGAUGGACAAUGGGGACGGGAACUUUGAGGUAGACAAGCUGAGUGGGGCCGUGCGGAUCGUGCAGAACCUCGACUAUGAGACCAAACAGGUGUACAACCUGACAGCGAAGGCCAAGGACAAAGGCAAGCCCAUAUCAUUGUCUUCCACUUGCUUCGUGGAGGUGCAUGUGGUGGACGUCAACGAGAACCUCUACCGGCCUUUGUUCCGCUCCUUUGUGGAGAAGGGAUUUAUCAAGGAAGACGCUGUCGUUGGGACUUCAGUGAUGACGGUCAGAGCCGAGGACGAGGACAAAGGCAGAGACGGAGAGAUCCAAUACUCCAUCCGGGAUGGCUCUGGCCUGGGGAUAUUCAUCAUUGACGAGGAAACUGGUAUCAUCCGAACGCAAGAGCUGCUGGACCACGAGACCACUCCCCACUACUGGCUAACGGUCUACGCCAUGGACCGAGGUGUGGUUCCACUUUCUGCCUUUGUGGAAGUCUACAUUGAAGUGCAGGACGUCAACGAUAACGCGCCACUUGCGUCGGAACCCGUAUACUACCCCUCUGUGAUGGAGAAUUCCCCCAAGGAUGUGUCCAUCAUCCAGAUAGACGCGCUGGACCCGGACGCUAAGUCUAGCGAUAAGCUCAGCUACAGGAUCACCAGCGGUAACCCGCAAGGGUUCUUCGCCAUUAAUUCCAGGACAGGUCUAGUUACAACAACGUCAAGGAAGCUGGACAGGGAGCAACAAGAUGAGCACAUUCUUGAGGUCACCAUUUCUGACCAUGGUGUUCCGGCUAAAUCCACCACAGUGCGCGUCAUUGUGCGCGUGCUGGAUGAGAAUGACAACCGUCCGCUGUUCCUGGAGAAGAUCUACAAGAUCAAGCUUCCUGAGCGCGAGCGGACCCCGGAGAAAGAGCGGGCCUCCGCCCGGAGGGACCCGGUGUAUCGGGUCAUUGCCUCCGACCGUGACUAUGGCACCAACGCCGAGAUCUCGUACAGCGUUGAGGAAGGCGACGAGCAUGGAAAGUUCUUCAUCGAACCCAAGACAGGAGCUGUGUCGUCCAAGAAGUUCUCGUCUGCGGGGGAGUACGACAUCCUCACGAUCAAAGCAGUGGACAAUGGGCGCCCGCAGAAGUCGUCGACCUGUCGCCUCCACAUCGAGUGGAUCCCCAAGCCGGAGGUACCGGAGGACGCCGCCCCGCUGGUCUUCGAGGAGUCGCCCUUCUCCUUCUCUGUGAUGGAGAGUGACCCCGUGGCGCACAUGGUGGGGGUCGUGGCCACCGAGUCGUCGGACGUUCCUGUGUGGUUCGAGAUCACAGGCGGCAUAGAGGACACUGAGAUGUUUUACGUCCUUCAGAUGGCUUGUGACCACAACUGUACAGCAGAAGGUGGAAACUACGACAACCGUUUCGACGUGGGCAAGGCCAGCGGAACCAUUAUUGUGGCGAGGCCGCUGGAUGCCGAGCAGAAGCCCAACUACAAUCUGACGGUGGAGGCCACUGAUGGGACCAGAACUGUUAGCACACAGGUGCUCAUCCGCGUCAUCGAUACCAACAACCACCGCCCUCAAUUUUACCGUGCCAAGUAUGAAGUGAGCGUGCCUGAAGACGUGGCAGUGGGCAGCGAAGUGCUCCGCGUGGACGCCACCGACCAGGACGAGAAAAACAAGUUGACCUUCACCCUACUGAGCAGUACCGACCCCUUCAGCCUCAAGAAGUUCAAGUUGGACCCUGGGACGGGCACGCUGUACACCGUCGAACUGCUGGAUCACGAGACCAUGCACAGCCACAUCCUCACGGUUAUGGUACGCGACCAGGACAUCCCAGUGAAACGCAACCUGGUGCGGGUGGUUGUCAAUGUGGAGGACGCCAAUGACAAUGCGCCAUGGUUUGUUGGCACGCCCUACUCUGGCCGUGUGUUCGAAUCCGCUGCCGUUGGUUCAGCGGUGCUGCAGGUCACAGCUCUGGACAAAGACAAGGGCCGCAACGCUGAGCUCAUCUACAGCGUCGAGUCAGGAAACGUGGCAAACACCUUCGCCGUAGACCCCGUCCUGGGCACCAUUACAGUGGCUAAAGAGCUGAGUCGUAGCGGCAAGACCCGCUUCGAGCUCAUUGUCAAGGCAACUGACCGUGGGGUGACCCCGCUGUCUACCGUUACCACUGUCCACAUCACCGUCACAGUCUCGGACAAUUCCUCCCCCAGGUUCUCGGAGAAAGAGUUCUCUGCCUACAUCAGUGAGUCGGCCGCCCCGGGGAGCUUCGUGAGUUCGGUGGCGGCCGUCAGCCAGUCAUCGGUUUUCUACCAAAUCAAAAGCGGAAAUACGGGCAACGCCUUUGACAUCAACCCCAACUCUGGCGUGGUGGUCACGCAGAAAGAGCUGGAUUACGAGGUGGCCUCCAAGUACAAGCUCGUCAUCCAGGGCACCAACAUGGCGGGGCUCUCCAGUAACGCCACCUUGGUGAUUCACCUGAAGGACGAGAAUGACAACGCUCCCAUUUUCCUCCAGCGGGAGUUCCGCGGCGUGGUCAGCGAGUCAGCCGCCAUAAACAGUGUCGUUCUCACUCGAGAAAAUGCACCAUUUGUCAUCCGCGCCUCAGAUGCUGACAGCGACCGCAAUGCCAUGCUGGUCUAUCAGAUCGUGGAACCUUUUGCCCUUAACUACUUUGCUGUUGACUCCAGCACCGGAGCCGUCAGGAUCACUACCACCUUGGAUCAUGAGCAGAGGAGUGUUUAUCGCUUUACGGUGCAGGCCCAUGAUCUCGGCGUGCCACGGCUGUUCGCAGAGAUGGCGGCCAACGUGACGAUCGAGGUCAUCGACGUCAACGACUGCCCACCCGUUUUCAGCCAGCAGGUCUACGAGGUGACAGUGUUGGUACCCACAUACAGGGGCGUGGAAGUCCUCAAAGUUAACGCCACCGACUUGGACUCCAAACCCAAUGCUAAACUUCUGUUUUCCAUUUCUGAGGGCAACAUCGGCGACAAGUUUAAAAUGGACGCAAACACUGGCGUGCUCUCCAUUCAGAACAUCACCCAGCUUAGGAGCAGAUAUGAGCUGAAAGUCAGGGUUUCGGAUGGGAGAUUCGCCAGCGUCGCCGCCAUCAAGAUCCAUUUAAAGGAGAACAAAGAGAGCAAGGUGAAGUUCACCAGAGAGUUCUACAGAGCUUCUGUCCCAGAGAACCUGUCCGAGAAGAAGACACUGGAAGUCAUUGCUGCUGUAGGUAACCAAGUAAACGAGCCCCUGUUCUACAAAAUCCUGAAUCCUGACAAACGCUUUGAAAUCGGAAGGACAUCUGGUGUUGUUUCAACCACCGGAAUCGCAUUUGAUCGUGAACAGCAGCACACGUUUGACGUUGUUGUCGAGGUCACCAAGGAGGACCCGUCUGAAGACAUUGCCCACGUUGUUUUGACGGUGACGGUGGAGGACGUCAAUGACAAUAUGCCCAUAUUUGUGAACCUCCCCUAUCAUGCCCUGGUCCAGAUGGAUGCAGAAGAAGGCCAGGUGGUCCGACAGGUCACAGCAGUGGACAAGGACCACGGUCGCAAUGCAGAAAUCUGUUAUGAGCUGAAGGAGCCUCAGGAGCACUUUGACAUUAACCCCUCUGGAGUAAUCACCAUCAAGAAGACACUUGAGAAAGAAUCCCUCAACGCAAACUUUGUUGUGGUAAUCGUGGCGAAGGACGGCGGUGAUCCAGCACUUUCGGCGGAAGCAGAGGUCCCGAUUACAGUGGUGAACCAAGCCGUCCCCAUUUUUGAGAAACCAUUUUACAACAUCGAAAUCCCUGAGAAUGUCCAGGUGCCCUCGCCCGUUCUCCACGUGCAGGCCAGCGACUCAGAGGGGCCCCGUAUCGUUUACACCAUCUCUGAGGGGGACCCCUUCAACCAGUUCUCCAUUGACUUCAACACGGGUGUCCUUCACGUGGCUCAGCCUCUGGACUUUGAGACCCACCCAGCAUAUAAAUUGAACAUCCGGGCCACCGACUCCCUGACUGGGGCGCACUCGGACGUAUUUGUGGACAUCAUCUUGGAAGACAUCAACGACAACGCCCCGGUGUUUCUGUCAAAAUCCUACUACGCUAACAUCUCUGAGGCGUCUGUCAUCGGUAGGUCUGUGCUGCAAGUGGACGCCAUAGAUUUCGACACUGGCCACAAUCAAGAAAUCUUCUACCAGUUGGUGGAGGAGAAGGGAAAGAGCUCGGAUUACUUCGCCAUCGACCGUGACACUGGUCUCAUCUCAAUGGCCCAAGUGCUGGAUCACGAAGAGACCCAGCAGCACCGACUGAGGGUCCGCGCUGUGGACGGAGGGGUCCCGGCCCUAUUUACUGACGUUGUGGUGACAGUGGACGUCACAGACCUGAAUGACAACGCACCCACGUUUGCUGAGCCAACCUAUAAGGCAGCCGUCAGUGAGUUGGCCUCACGUGGACACUUCGUCACCCAAGUCCAAGCCUCGGACGCCGACAGUUCCGACUUGAACAAACUGGAGUUUGCCAUCGUCUCCGGGAACGAGGACCAGAGUUUCGCCAUCGACAAGCAGACUGGCGCCAUUGUCAUUUCAAACCACCGCCGGCCACAGAUGCAGCCACUCUACCAUCUCAAUGUGUCUGUGUCGGAUGGUGUUUAUUGGAGCUCAGCCCUCGUGGACGUCACUGUCAUUGGUGCCAACUUCCACAACCCCGCUUUCUCUCAGGUGGAAUAUGCAGUUGAGCUGGUGGAAAACUCUCCUGCCGGUACGUUGGUAGCCGAGGCCAAAGCGACAGAUGACGACGAAGGUAUCUACGGGCAAAUCACAUACCGGAUUGUCAACGACGUAGCCAAGGACAAGUUCACCGUCAGCGAAAAUGGCAACGUCUUUACCUUGGAGAGCCUGGACCGCGACAGCAGCAUCGAGAAGGUCAUUCCCAUCAGUCUGGAAGCCAAAGACGGAGGCGGCAAGGUGGGCUUUUGUACAGUCAACGUGGUACUCACUGAUGUCAACGACAAUGCGCCGCAGUUUAGGGCAGCUGAGUACAAAGUCACCAUUGCGUCGGAUGCGCAGCGAGGGACCUCGGUGGUAAAGAUCGCCGCCUCAGAUGUGGAUGAGGGAAGCAACGCCGACGUGGAGUACUCCAUCGAAGCCGACUUAGAGAACGUGGCGGAGAACUUUGAAAUCCACCUAACAUCUGGGGUCAUUGUGACAAAAGAGAGUUUAAUUGGACUUGAGGGCGAGCUCUAUGCGUUUUUUGUUCGGGCGAAGGACACUGGGAACCCGCCAAAACAUUCAGUCGUGCAGGUGUACAUCCAGAUCGUAGCGCCCGAGACUCCCAUGCCCAAGUUCGUCGAGCCUCAUUACCGCUACACGGUCGCUGAGGACCUACCCAUUGGCACGGAGAUCGACGUGCUUCGGGCUGAGAGCGAGCAACCGCUUUUGUACAGCCUUGUGAAUGGCAACACUCCAGAGAGCAACGAGAACGAGGUCUUUGUUGUGGACAGAGACACCGGCGCCCUGAAGCUCCAGAAGACCCUGGACCACGAAACCACAAAAUGGUACCAACUUACCUUGCGGGCGCAAACCCAGCACGAUGGCUAUGAUGUUGCCGUGUCCGUGAGCGUCAACAUUCAAGUGAAAGAUCUCAACGACAACAAGCCUAUAUUCGAGUCAGACCCUUACCAGGCGGUGGUGGUAGAGAACCUCCCUUGUGGGGUACAGGUGGUUCAAGUCAAAGCCACUGACCUGGAUUCAGGCACCAAUGGCCACGUUCUGUUUAGCCUGGAUGCCAAGCUCAACUCUCCGGACAUCGCGGAGCUCUUCGCCAUCAAUGCAGAAACCGGCUGGUUGACCACCCUCAAGGAGCUGGACCGCGAAAGGCGCAGCAAGUACACCAUCGUCGUACUUGCCACCGAUCAGGGCGACAAAGUCCAGCAUGCAGCGGGCGCGCGAGUGGAAGUGACGGUGGCCGACGUCAAUGACAACCCACCCCGCUUUACGGCGGAGGUCUACAAGGGUACAGUCAGCGAGGACGACCCUCCUCCCAGCGGCGUCAUUGCCAUCCUCAGCACCAUCGAUGACGACUCUGAGGACAUCAACAGACAAGUCAACUACUUCAUUACAGCGGGUGACCCGCUGGGACAGUUUGCCAUCGAGCACAUUCAGAACGAAUGGAAGGUAUUAGUCAGGAAGCCACUGGACCGCGAGACCACGGACUAUUACCUCCUUAACGUCACGGCCAGUGACGGCAUCUUUACAGCCAAAGCCGUGGUGGAGGUCAAAGUGCUGGACGCCAAUGACAACAGCCCCUUGUGUGAAAAGUCUCUCUAUAGCGAGAGUGUUCCUGAGAACUCGCCAGCCAGCAGACUAAUCUUGCAAGUCUCGGCCACGGACGCCGAUAUCCGAUCAAAUGCGCAAAUAUCCUACGAGCUCCAGGGAGCUGGAUCAGAACUCUUCUUCAUCGACUCUGAGACGGGCGAGCUGAAGACCCUGAAGCCCCUGGACCGUGAGGAACGUGACGAGCACCGUUUCAAAGUGCGAGCGGUGGACGGUGGCGGGCGCUUCUGCGAGGCCGACGUGCACGUGGCCGUGCGCGACUUCAACGACAAUGCUCCUGAGUUUGCCUCCGACCCGUACGCUUUUACCGUCUUCGAGAACACCGAGCCGGGAACCUUUGUUGCCAAGCUGCAGGCCGACGACACAGACAGCGGGCUCAACGGCGACGUGGUCUAUUCGCUGCUGGAUUCCGCCGACGGAUGGUUCGCCAUAGAUGAACUUAGCGGGAUCGUCAGCCUCGAGCGGCCGCUGGACCGCGAGAUGCGGGCCCUGUACGAGCUGGAGGCCCGUGCCACGGACCGUGGCUCGCCCCGUCUCUGGGCGACGUGCCGCGUGCUGGUCUCCGUGCUGGACAUCAACGACAACCCGCCCGUGUUUGAGCGAAGAGAGUACGCGGCCGCCGUUCCCGAGGACGCGGCUGUGGGCGGACAAGUGCUCAGAGUGCAGGCCACCAGUCGAGACCUGGACGCCAACGGAGAGAUCGGCUACAGCAUCGUCAGCGGAAACGAGCACGGCGCGUUCAGUGUGGAUCCAAGCACUGGCGACAUCUUUGUGAUUGCGCCGCUGGACUACGAGGUUUCUCACGAGUACUACAUCACAGUGGAGGCAACCGACGGGGGCUCGCCUCCCCUCAGCGACAUGGCCACCGUCAACAUCAACGUGACGGAUGUCAACGACAACGCUCCCGUCUUCAGCCAGCGUGUCUACGCCGCUGUCGUAGGCGAGGACGCUGAGCUGGGCAGGACCGUCUUGAUGGUGAUGGCCGAGGACACGGACGGGCCGUCGUCCAACCGCGUGCGCUACGCCAUCGUGGACGGCAAUGGCGGCAGCCCCUUCAUCAUCGACCCGCUGCGAGGUGAGCUCAAGGUGGCCCGACAUCUGGACCGGGAGCAGACGUCGGGGUACACGCUGACGGUGCUGGCCGUGGACAACGGCACGCCGCCGCUGUCCGGCACCGCCGUGGUCAAUGUGGACAUCUCUGACGUCAACGACAACCCACCACUCUUCUCCCAGGGCAACUACAGCCUCAUCAUCCAGGAGAACCAAGUCCAGGGCACCAGUGUUCUCCAACUCCUGGUGUCCGACCGGGAUGCCUCCCACAAUGGGCUGCCCUUCACCUUCUCCAUCACGGGCGGCAAUGCGGGCGACGCAUUCCGUAUUGACCAGCAUGGAGCUCUGCUCAUGGCAGGGCCCCUCAGCAAGAGAGUGAAGGAACACUACCUGCUUCAAGCUCAGGUCUCCGACAGCGGCAAACCGGCGCUCUCCUCCAGCACCUUCAUCAGCGUCCGUGUCAUCGAGGAGAGCGUCUACCCUCCCGCCAUCCUCCCGCUCGACGUCUUCGUGUCCACCGCCGGCGACGAGUAUGCGGGCGGCGUCCUGGGCAAGAUCCACGCUACCGACCAGGACGUUUACGACACGCUGACGUACAGCCUGGCCCCGUCCUCUGCGGCAUCCUCGGCAUAUUUCUCCGUGUCGGCGUCGGACGGUAAAGUGAUCGCUCUGCGGCCGCUGGACGCUGGCCACUACCCGCUCAACGUGACGGUGACAGACGGGCGCUUCACGGCAGCCGCAGACGUCAACGUGCACGUGCGACCGGCAGUCCGCCAGGCGCUGGACAACUCCAUCGCCGUGCGCUUUGCCAGUAUCGCCCCUGAGGAGUUCAUAGGAGACUAUUGGCGGAACUUCCAGAGGGCGCUGAGGAACAUUGCGGGUGUGAGGAGAAGCGACGUGCAGCUGGUUAGCCUUCAGCCAUCCGAGCAGGGAGACCUUGAUGUCCUGCUGGCGCUGGAAAGAUCUGGAAGUCCCUACCAGUCCCAGGAGGUGGUCUUUCGCAAGCUAAAUUCGUCGGCAGGCGUCAUCGAGGAGAUGACGGGCGUGCGCAUCGUGCGCGUGGCUCAGAAGCUCUGCUUGGGCAUGGACUGCCCGCUGCGCUUCUGUGACGAAGUGGUCUCGCUGGACAGGAUGUCCAUGUCCACCUACAGCACCGCACGCCUUAGCUUCGUCACGCCCAGACACCACAGACACGCCACCUGCCAGUGUGAAGGUGGCAGAUGUCCCAUGCUGAACAGCGUGUGUGAUAACAGUCCUUGUCCGGAAAGCUUGGACUGUGUGGCGGACGCAGAGGGAGAUGCCAAGUACACGUGUGUGUGUCCUCAAGGAAACAAUAAAUGUUCUGACGGCCACUCGUUGACAUUCAGCGGCAGUGGCUACGUAAAGUACCACCUGAUGGACAACGACAACAAGGAGCAGAUGAAACUCUCCCUGCGGUUGCGCACCUUCUCCGGACACGCCACCAUCAUGUUCGCCAAGGGCACCGACUACAGCAUCCUCGAGAUCGUGAAUGGUCGCCUGCAGUACAAGUUCGACUGCGGUAGCGGCCCUGGCCUGGUGUCGGUCCACAGCGCCACGGUGAACGACGGCGAGUGGCACUCGGUCUCCCUGGAGGUGGAGGGCAACUACGCCAAGCUGGUGCUGGACCGCGUGCACGCCGCCUCGGGAACGGCGCCGGGAACCCUGCGCACCCUCAAUCUGGACAACAGCAUCUACUUCGGCGGCCACGUCCGCCAGAACGCCGUAGCAGCCGCCCGCCACGGACGCAACCUGCCCGUGGCCAACGGCUUCCGUGGCUGCAUGGAGGCCAUCGCACUCAACGGCCAGGAGCUGCCCCUCAACACUAAGGCGCGGCGGGCGCACGCCGUCAUGGAGGCCAUCGAGGACGUGGCGCCGGGCUGCACACUCGCCCCGCCAGAGAGCUGCUCCAGCAAUCCCUGCAGCAACGGUGGUGUGUGCAACCAAAGGCCUAAUGGAGGCUACUUCUGCAAGUGUCCCGCCUCUUUCAUGGGCGCCCACUGCGAGAUGGGCAUCAGCCCCUGCGCCUCCAACCCGUGCCUGUACGGGGGCACAUGCGUACCCCAGGGGGACGACUUCUACUGCCAGUGCAGAGGGCAAUACUCAGGACCAAGGUGCCAGCUGGGCCCAUUUUGCACCGACAACCCGUGUAAAAACAGCGGCAAAUGUAUCGACAGUCUGGACGGGCCGGUGUGUGAGUGCGAAGCUGGUUUCCAAGGAGACAGGUGCCUGAACGACGUGGACGAGUGCUCGAGGAGCCCGUGUUCCAACGGCGGCCAGUGCCAAAACACGUACGGCUCGUACAAGUGCAACUGCUCUCUGGGCUUCGGCGGUCCGACAUGCGAGCUCACUGCCGACGUCCGUAACGACUUUGUGUCCACCUCGUGGAACAUCGGCCUGGAGGAGGUGGUGGGCAUCGUGGUCUUCGUCUCCAGCAUCUUCAUCCUGGUGCUCUUCUUCGUCAUCCUGCGCAAGAAGGCGUGCCGCGGAAAGUCCAAGACGGAGGACGACGAUAAGCGAGGCGGAUCCGGCGUGCCGCACUCCUUCCUCCAGAGGCCGUACUUCGACGCCAAGUUCAACAAGAACGUCUACUCGGACAUCCCGCCGCAGGUGCCCGUGCGCCCCAUCUCGUACACGCCCAGCAUCCCCAGCGACUCGCGCAACAACCUGGACCGCAACUCCUUCGAGGGCUCGGCCAUACCGGAGCAUCCCGAGUUCAGCACGUUCAACCCGGACGCGGUGCACGGCCACCGCAAGACGGUGGCGGUGUGCAGCGUGGCGCCCAAUCUGCCACCGCCCCCGCCUUCCAACUCUGUGUCGGACAGCGACUCCAUCCAGAAGCCCAGCUGGGAUUACGACUACGACGCCAAAGUGGUGGACUUGGACUGUGUGACCAAGAAGCCAGUGGAGGAGAGCGCGUGUCACCCCUUCAACACCAGGGGGAGCAUGUCCGAAGUCCAGUCACUCAGCUCCUUCCAGUCCGAAUCGUGCGACGACAACGCCUCCAUAGUGACUGUCAUCCACUUUGUCAACUCUGUGCUUGACACGGUGGAAGGAGAAGAGUCUUUUGUGGCUCGUGAGCUCAAGAACACAAGAGGUUAUCACUGGGACACGUCUGACUGGAUGCCGAGCGUCCAACUCCCGGGAAUCAAGGAGUUCCCGCAGUACGAGCUGGUGGAGUCACCUCCCGCAACUUUGUACAGCGACCCGAGUGCCAUGGACACCGACUAUUACCCGGGCGGUUACGACAUCGAGAGCGACUUCCCGCCGCCGCCCGACGACUUCCCGUCCGGCGACGAGCUGCCGCCGCCGCCGCCCUCGUACGGCGACACGCUACGGUCCACGGCCACGGACGGCAUCCGCCGCCGUCCCGCCCUGCCGGAACUGUACAGCCUCGGCCACUACCUGGGCCCCCGGGGCGACGGCGACACCGCCCCGCCGUCCUCCACCACGGCCACCGCCGGCGGCUUCCCUCCGAGUCGGGACCUUGACGACAUGUCGCUGUCGCUGUACGCGUCCACCGCCUCCUGCUCGGACAUGUCGGCGUGCUGCGAGGAGUCCGAGGCCAUGAUCAGCGACUACGAGAGCGGCGACGACGGCCAUUUUGAGCGGCUGUCCAUCCCGCCGCUGGGCUCCCAGCAGCACACUGAAGUCUGACACUGGAUCCCCACAAAAAGUGCCUGAAGCCGCCCCAUGAGCCCUCCUUGUUUUUGUUUUUACGCCUGAUACGAUCCUAUUCCACAAGGGGAUGUUUGGACUGACACAUACUGUACUUGCCAAGCCUCCCAUAUUUUAUGGCGUCACAUUUCUCCUGUCGGUUUUUAAGGAUUGCCAAAUGUUUCUCUGUUUUAGCUCGCAACUUGAGAUAGGAUGUUUGCGACAUAGUUGCCAACCUUCCCGUAUUUUACGUAUUUCCCCCUGAUUUUUAGGGUUGCCACAUGUUUGCAAUUUGGCACAGGACUGGUUGCGACGUAGCACAAACCUCCAGUUUUACCUGUGAUCCUCCCAUUACUUCUUCCUCCUGCUGUCACAUUCCCAGUUUUUAAGGACUGCCAAAAGUAGCUCGGUGUUAGCUUGCGAAUUUAGACAGAGAAUGUUUAGAUUGUUUACAACAUAUUGUACUUGCCAACUGCUUUGUUCGCGAGUCUACAUUUUUGCCAUCUGACCAGGGAUCUUUGGAAUAGUUGCAACCUAUUUGCCAAGACUUGCAUAUUUUCCUGUGGCUUCAUGGCGUCACAUUUGUGCUAUAUUUCCCUGGAUUUUUAAGGUUGCCAAAAGUUAGGUGGCAUAAGUCCCAAGUUUACAAUUUGACCUGGCAUGAGAUUUUUCCCGAUUCUAGGCUUGGCAAAAGUGCAAUUUAACUUGGAAUGGUUGUGACCUGCUAAAAAUCUGUAAAAUCUUUAAAAUAUUUUACUCCUGACUCCUGGUGUUACAUUUCUCUCGUAUUUUUACAAGUUUAUAAGAAAUUUUACAUUGGCCAAUAUUUAGGCAAUGUUAGCUCACCAGUCGAUACGGCGGGGGAUGUUUUGACCGUGGCAUACUAGCCAACCCUCACGUAUUUUACUGCUUUCACAUUAGACCCAUUUUCCUCCUGAUUUGAAGGAUUUCCAAAAGUUUGGUGGUAUUAACUUGUAAAUUAACCAACCAGUUUUUCCAUAAUAAUAAUAAUCCCAUAUUUUACUAUUUCCUCCCAGAGUCACAUUUCUCCCGAUUUCCCCCAUAUUAGGCUUCACUAGGUACUUCACCUGAUCCCCAAGAAACUGACGUUUAAAAAAAAAAAAAAAAUUAAACAGGAAGAUUGGCAAGUAUGGGUUGCAAGAGAAGACAAAAAGACUUAA